AUGCAAAUCGUCCACAUGCUGCCUCCAAAGAUGAGGAACGUGGCCUUGCAGACUACAGCGCAGGUGGCCGAGGAUGACAAGUGCACGGUGUUGGGGCCUCACUGCCAAUGCAUCCACUUAAAUCGUGCAAAAGUAGCACGCAAUGGUCGAUAUGGUCCUUACCUGCCGAACCAAGCGCGAAUCGAUUUCUUCACUGGACCUGGGCGGAGAGGCCGGUGCAGAAAAGUCAGAAUGCCGCUCUGGACCUUGGCCGGCUCGAUCGAGAAUCGCGCUGACAUGCCGCGCAUGCAAAAACAUCGGAACAGCGAGCGUGUGGUCUUGGGAGAAUUGGCCAUGCGGCCCCACAUCUCACCCUUGAAUGGGUCUCGCUGCCAAAUCCCUGAGCUGGUCUAUGCUGUCUACAAGGACAUUCUUGGAGCCCUGGACGGCGCAGCAGAUGCUGUGGAUGCAUUUCUGGAAGAGCUUUCAGGAAUAGUCUCGCAUGUUGGGGUGAACGAGGACAUGCAGAAAAUCCGGGAUCUUGGGUCUCGGGCCUUUGAUUGGGCUGCAAUAUUGCAGCAACGGUCUGGCGACCUGACUGACAACAUGAAAAGCUUCCUGGACUUUGUCAAGAUGAUGCGCCCGGUCUUGCAGAACAGCAGAUGGCCAGAAAACGAGGUCUUUCCAUUUGCGGGCGUGAGGCGCACCUGGGAGCUUUCAGAGGCACAGCUGCGCGAGCAGUACAUGAUGUACAUUCUGCGUGUGAGAAAUGCGUUUUUGGGUCGUUUGGGCUUGUGUGGAGUCUUUGGCCGCAGAGUUUGUCGAAAGAGAGCGAAGCCGGACGUCCUGCAAUAUGGCCGUCCAGGGACAGUCGCACGGAUCCUGCAGGGUCUCACGGCAGGGAAGCUGGUUCUGAUCGAGUCCUGCGAGAUGAAGGUGGAUUAUGGGGCCAUUGGCAGGUCUCUAACUAUGCAUCCUUGGUUUGCCGUGGGUAAAGGGCCCAAAGAACAUGCUCCAGCGCGGUCUCUUUUGCAUACCUGCUGCUGGCACACGGCGCGCGUAUAUCACAGGUACAGAAUGCUGCAUAUGCCUGAGGCCUCAGUCGAACGCAUUGGCUCGAUUCUUCAUGCCCAGUUUCACACAAUGCAGCAGCUUUCGCCCAGUCAGGCAGUAGACCGAGCACUGUUAGCCCAAGCGCUGGUCUCGUGCUUAGGCCAGGAGAGAGACGAAAUGUUGAAGGCGUGUGUGGCAAAAGCCAUGAAAGACAUGCGGAUUCGCAAGCUGGCGCGCAGAUCUGCGCAGGUCGCUCAGGUCUUAGAUCGUGUGGACCAGUUUCAUGAGUCUGGCCGAGUCAGCUUUCUCCCGGGCCACUCUGAGGGUGACAUGGUUGCGCUGGCUUGCCCGUUAUCGGUCUUUGACUUUGCCAUGGGUGCGCAACAGAUUCGGGCCAUGCUCUCCGAACGCAGGUCUCAUUCGAUCCCUUCAGAACUGCCGGUGCAGUUGAAGGAGGCAUUGGAUGAAGUAACCCGAGAUGGGUCUAUACAAGCCUUGCCGGUUUCAUUGCGCAACAUGCGAGACAGCAAGAAGAAGGCCGCUCCAUCGGUUAUGAAGUCCCACUUGAAGGCCUGGCUGGAUUCAGACGAGGGCAAGCGGUAUCAAGAAGCUCACCUGAAGGUCUGGCAUGCUGUGGAGGACUAG